AUGGAACGUUCACCUAUACGCAACAUAGCAACCUUUGGAAGCAGAAAGUCUUCAGCACUUGAAUCUCUUGAUAACGCUGAUAUCCGAGGUGCCAAUCUUGACCAUUCUUUGACAAAGUCUUCAACACCUGCCUUGCGAAAUGCAAAGCCUUCACCCAAUGAUGAGAAUGCUUGUCCUUCACCUAAACGCCUGAAGCAGCAACAUGACGAGCUUUCUAUUAUUCCACAAACCUUCACCACCUCACAUCAACGCCACCGUGUCGAAUCUAUUCGCCCUCAACGACCCCACCGUGGUGGUAAAACAGUUGCCGCCAUGCGCAAUCUCAACAAAGCAGGACAAAAUAAACGCAGCGUUUCCAAGGACGACGCAGAGCAUUUGUCGACAGAGCAACUGAAACUUCUCAGUAGACGUAUUGAUCCUUCUACACCUCUCACUUCACCACACUCUUCACCCAGCAAACCAGCUUUACCCAGAUCGUUAUCGUCAUUAUCAUCAUCACAGCCUACCAAUUGCAGCACGGUGACUAAAACGGCAUCGUCGGCAUCGUCCAAAAAGCCUGGUUUCUCAUCUUCAUUAUACCAGACUUGCAGCAUGAUUUGGUCAGAUAAACCACCUAUGUUGGAGGAUUUGCAACACGACAAUAUCCAAUAUCUAAGCCGACUAUUAAAAGUGCGGCUUUCGCAGGCCAAGGCGCGAGCACUAGCCUCGCUAGAAAAGAAAGAUACGAUGAAUGAACUCCCACUUGUACGACCAAGAUGUGAAACCAUUCGAUUAUCCAAUAAGCGACAUCAAUGUACAUCGACAAUAGUAUCAGGAAAUGGUCAUCAUUUAUUUCAGCGUCAAGCUCGCAAUCGCCCUUAUCGUCAGCUACCACGGUCAUCGACGAAGGCUAUUUCAUCCAAGCAUACCGCACCUACCGCCUCACCACACUCCACAGCACGAAAGAAUUCUAAAACACCCGUCAAACGGCAAGGUGGAUCUACUAAAGGCAUUGUGCCUGUUAUUCAAGAAGAUGGUUCCCGUGUCUUUGUUUGUGAACCUUGUGGGAAGCGAUACAAGAAUAGGAACGGACUCGCUUAUCACCUGGAUCGUUGUCGUUUUUUACAAGAGGAGCAAAUCAGCAAUCAACAAGAAGAUGAACUUUUGGAUGAAGAUGAAGAUGAAGACAAUACCACCGGCGAAGUUCGAUGUAUUUGUGACACGCCUCAAGAGCAAAUUGGAACCAUGAUAGAAUGCGAGAAUUGUCAUACCUGGCAGCAUAUGAAAUGUGUUGAAAAGCAACAUGAAUUUGUCAUUGGGGACUACCAGUGUCCUUUGUGCAUCGACAAUAUUUCCGAAUCAGCUUCAACCCAACGACCAAUACGAGCAGAUAAUGCUGACGACGAAGAAGAUGAAUUGGCAGAAGACGAUGAGGAUACACCACCACUUCCACUACCACUACAAAGCCCAACACCAAAUGAUACCAAUUGCGACCCUACAGAGUCACUCACUCAAGACAUGAUGGAUGACGAUAUAUUUCUUUCAGCUAACAAUGAAGAGACAUCAGAGGUGGAGGACGAAAGCUUAAGUCAACAACAUGCCAUAUCUGAGCCAUGGUCCCAAAUGAUGAGUGGUAGCAGCCAGGAUGACCUCUCCUUUAUGCACGAUCCAGCAUUUCAAACAUGGGGUUUAAGCGACUUCAACCUGAAUCCCCCUUCGCUAUUGUUUUCCGACAACACAGCAAAUGACGAUGAUAUCAAUUUUCCUCCUUCAGAUAUAAUCCCUACUGAAUCAUCUCAAUCAGAUGCUUUAUGGUUCGAAUUUGCUAAUUUCGAUGACGACUAUCAAUGUUAA